GCAUCCUCCCUCUGGUGGCCCAGCAAGAUGGGCCUACCGUGGACCCCCCUUUCCCUGCUGCUCUUCCUGCUUGGGGGACCUGCCUGCCUGAGGACCCAGGAACACCCCAGCUGCCCAGGACCCAGGGAGCUGGAAGCCAGCAAAGUUGUCCUCCUGCCCAGUUGUCCUGGAUCCCCAGGAAGUCCUGGAGAGAAGGGGGCUUCAGGUCCUCAAGGGCAACCUGGACCCCUGGGCAAGAUGGGCCCCAAGGGUGAGCCAGGAGAUCCAGCGAACUUGCUCCGGUGCCAGAAGGGUCCCAAGAGCUGCCAGGAACUGCUGAGCCAGGGAGCCACCUUGAGCGGCUGGUAUCAUCUAUGUCUACCUGAGGGCAGGGCACUCCCAGUCUUUUGUGACAUGGACACCAUGCAGGGCGGCUGGCUGGUGUUCCAGAGGCGCCAGGAUGGUUCUGUGGAUUUCUUCCGCUCUUGGUCCUCCUACAAAGCAGGUUUUGGGAGCCAGGAGUCUGAAUUCUGGCUGGGGAACGAGAAUUUGCACCAGCUUACUCUCCAGGGUACCUGGGAGCUGCGGGUAGAGCUGGAAGACUUUAAUGGCAACCGUACCUUUGCCCACUAUGCAACCUUUCGCCUUCUUGGGGAGGCUGACCACUAUCCGCUAGUGCUGGGCAAGUUCUUGGAGGGCACUGCAGGGGACUCCCUUACCUUCCACAGUGGGAGGCCCUUUACCACCUAUGAUGCUGACCACGAUUCGGGUGGCCACAACUGUGCAGUGAUUGUCCAUGGUGCCUGGUGGUAUGCAGCCUGCUACCAAUCCAAUCUCAAUGGGCGCUAUAAAGUGUCUGAAGCUGCCGCCCACAAGUAUGGCAUCGACUGGGCCUCAGGCCGCGGUGUGGGCCACCCUUAUCGCAGGGUUCGGAUGAUGCUUCACUAGGGCACCCUAGCAGCCACUACCCUUAUCUCUCCUGUACAGCUUCCGGACCCUCUGUUGCCUCCCCUCUGCACCCACAACUGCCUCUGCUUCCCUGUCCACAUUUAAAAAUAAAAUCAUUUUAACCCUUUC